AUGCGGUGAGUUGUCUAGAGUUGACUGGGUUUCUGUUGGAGGUGGGUGUCAUAUUUCGGCGCUCUACAUCAAAAGCACAACUGCUUCUUAUUGAAAUUGUAGAAUACAUUUAUUCCCGUUCCUGAAUCACCUUUCUUCUUAUUUAUAAAGCGAAAUAGCGCCCCCCUACAUAUCUCUCGUCAUAUGCAUACAUACCGACCUGUUAACCUGGGAUAGCUUUGUCAUGAAUGAAAUAUUAACUUCCGGUUUGUUUUUUCCUCAGUCAACUGCACACUUUCAAAGACCACUAAUACUGUUUCUAAUUUUUGUGAUAGACGAAGAUCUGCAAUGGAGACUUAAAACCAAAGAACACAUUUAACCUGAAAGACUAGCUCAAAGGAUAAACUUUAGAAGUCAAGACCAAGCGGGACGGUAGAGCUAGCAAUGAUGUUGUACCCUAUAGCGAUCGAUAGAUUAGGCAGUGAGGAUGAUUUUUUUAUCCAUUUUCAGGAGUUUCUUUCUGGGACCUCCGGGCCGUCGAAGAGUAAUUUUUGCCUACAUGCUCUUGGCUUCCUUCGGUUGGAUUUAUCCCUAUUUAUGGUUCCGUGUACGUCGAAAUUUCUCUCAAGAGCUACCAACUUUUUAAUUUUCCCACAUCGUCUCUGGAAGGUAGGAAACUUUGUCACCAUUAGCACUUGUUGUGAAAAACUAGAUUUCCCGACGUAUGUAAGGUUUGAUUAUGUAAUUCGGUCCAUGUUGUUUACUGAAUGUUCCCUGGCAUGGACCUACAUGACUAGUUGAGUUUUGCGUAAUUAUUUAAAAAUGAAUUCGAAUCCUCUGCAUCCAGGAAUCUAGUGUUGAAUCUGGCUCCCAGCAACUCCCUGCAGUCAUUGAGUUUAUCUAUAGCUUUAAUUUUUGCAUUCGCCGUACACAGCCACUUUCAACUUUGUUAAAGUGCUAUUCGAUAAAAGUCCUAUCCCAUAAAAGAAAAGUCACGGAAAGAUAUUGGCUGCGCGCUAGAGUAAUGCCUGCCUUCCUUCCUCACCUCAUCUUCAGCUGAACAGUAAUUUUGGGUGACUUCUCACAAACUUAAGCGCAGCACUUGCAGCUUUUAUGAUCGCCUUCUACCUAUGAAACUUAGAAUUGGGGGUACUUAGCCAAAUGGAUCCAAAAAUUGGAUGCCUGAUGAGUAAUUGAUGGCCCUCUUUCACUUCAAUGAGUUAUGCUUGCAAAGGGUUUUAGCUGCUUUAUCAGACUGAUCCUCAUUGUAGGUAUUCAGCAGUGCUAAAAAAUUUGACUUAUGAAAUCAUCCGUUACCAGGGUCUGUUAUUAAUACCAAAUCUUCCCCCUGUCCUAUAAACUACCGAGAAUUUCGAUGUACUCCGCUACGCUUUGGUGUUGGAACCAGAAACGCCACUGAGAAAAGAAGGUGCAUGCCAUGAUAUGGCUUUUUGAAACACGGGUUUAAGGGAAUUUAUGGGGUAAUGGGUCCUACUGUAGAAAGAGCCUAAACCAAAAAUAUCUUACCAGUAAACUUAUAUAGACCAUACUUGCCCAAUAGUAUAAAUUUUAUCUCCGUGUUCUCUAGAAAGUAACCGCUUGCGACAGACAGGGGGCUGAAAUUCAGUCAUUUUUUUCCCGAUGGGACACAUUACUCCGGCUUCGAAUAAUUUCGCUCCUCUUUCAUUCUUUUACAGUGGCGGUCAUCGAAGUGAAACUGUAUCUAUUAAAUUGAACAAAUAAAUAAGAUUAAGGAAUAUAUUUUCGGGAAUGGUAAACGGUCAACUGGUUUAUGUCCAUUCACGUGCUACAGUUAGUAAAAACCGCUUCCGUAUAUUGGAUGCUAUUAUUCCGGCUCAGAGUAAGAAUAAUCAGUCUUUUAAGUGGUUCUACACCUAAUGGUCGUUUUACCUCAGUUUCUACCUUUAUAUUACUUUGGUGAACUUGCGGAACUUACUAACGCGGAAUUCACUCAUGAUUAAACUGCUACACGGUAGCGUUCUUGUUUUUACUUGAGCAUCUUCCAUCUGUCUGAGAAAACCACACUUGAAAUCAUUCAGCACUUACGUAUUUUAUUCCCAUGUCUACGUAAAGUCAAACAUUUUGUAUAAGGAAUGGACAAAAUGUUUACUCCUUAGGCCAAUUUUACAGAAGAAGUGUCUUUCUCAGAGUUGAUGCCUAAAUAAGGGAGUAUUUUAGUUUUUGGCUUGCACUUCCGAGAAUUCAAAAGGCGUUCGCAUGAUUCUUCGGAUAACCCACGGGGGUCGGGUUCGUUGAUACCACUAACCAACUACGCAAGGGAAUCUAUAUCUGUGGAAACAUAAUAUGAGCAUUAAAUGUCCCUUGUUGUGGACAUGAAGAGUCGUUUUACUUUGAUUUAACGAGAAUAUUUGACGUGCAGUUUAGAAACGAUGCAGACAGAUGGUUCGUCUGUCUCAAACAAAAAUGACCGUCGCUCUGUCGUCUGGCAGUGAACUAGGUUAUAUCUUCAUUGAGCAACCAUUCAAAACGCAUUCGGCUACGUAUAGUGAGGACACUGAGCGCUUCAUUCAAGCUAUAGUGACUUCGUUCCCUUUUCUUUCCCAUGUGCACGAGCCAACAAAACUUGAAUUCUUGGUGGAUGAAAUGUUAACCGAAAUUCUUAAAUGCGUUUUCGACUCGAAAAGCUUACUGAAUCAAGGUUGUGAAAUUAAUAAUCGUGUGACAUAAUCCCAUACAAUUUCAGUCAUGUCAGAAUUCCGGCUUUUGGACGAGUUUCCCUUCAGUCUCCUGCAAAGCUACACUCUGUAAAAAAUGGCCACCUAAGUAACGUGCAUUUUAUCGUUGAUUUUAGAUGCCUUUAUAAAUUCCGAUAUAUUUGGUAGAAAGCAUACACGAAAAUAUUUGCCAUUUUGCCCAGUUGGUAGCAAAUUAAGUUUUCUUUAAAUUUUAUGCUUCAAGAAAUAGCACCUUGCGAUUUUAAAAACUUUCCAAUCAUGACGUUUUUUAAGACUUUGGGAUGUCCGUCCAUAAAACAUGGUGCCUCUUUAUUUAUUAAUGUCGCAUUUAAAGUUUACAAUGUGACCCCAAUUAAUUAAAAAUUUCGUGAACCUCAUAUUAUAUCUGCAUGACAAAUUACAGUAAUGUAUGGCUUUUCUUAUACGGAAAAUAUACAGCUUGUAGUUAUGGAACCCUGAAUGCAAGUGUAACGGACAGAUUUGGUUCACAAUUAUUCGAGAAUUCAAGCAUUUUUAAAACCGAGUUUUGCCCUUCCCUCGGGUAUGGAACUUGAAGAAAACGUAAUUUACUACUGACUGGGCAAAAAAACGAAUAUUUUAUGCAUGCUUUCCACAAAAUAUAUUCGAACUGCUAGGAACAUUGAAAAUCAAUGGUGACAGCUUAGACUAAUUCAGUAGUUUUACGGAGUAUACUUUGCUCAGGUGGCUGGAGACCAGCUUGUUCACAAAUCGGUAUCUUAAUAUGACUGAAAUAUCUUGGUAUUUAGCUGCGCGAUCUUUAAUGUUACAACCUUACUUUGGUAAUCUUUUCGAAUCGAAAAAACAUUUCAAAAUCUCAGUUAAUGUUUCAUGAGUUAGCGCAUCUGCCGCAGAUGCAUCCCUUAUGCAUUAAUCCUAUGAAACAUUCUUAUGCCUCUGAAAUAAAUCAGGAAUGCAUGAACCACUUAACCAGCCUUGCAUAGGAUCUACAAAUGCAGGUGGGUGGAGGAUUGCUUCAAGAAAGGUUAGGGUGCCACCUGUUUUGGAAAUUGGCUUCGGAGUACGCUCCAGCAUUAUGAACUCCCUUAAGAAAUAUUGAGCCAAGAACUGCGUUGCUAUCAGUUGUUCUUAUCCAUAAAAACAUACAGUACCUUCCUCUUCUGGGAUUUUGAGCAGUAAGUCACUAUUCACAGCUCCCGGUAAAAGUAAAAUUAACUGUGCACCUUCCUGGGCUACGUUAUACCACAAAACAUAGUUCUCGCUGAGUUUUAAUUAAAAUGGGAUUUUUGAUACUUGAUCAGGUGAGGAACACAGUUGUCAGACUAAGUCCCCAACAGGAAAUCGUUUUCCUCGUGGUCAACUGCAUCCUCUGGGUGUGUUUCUUCAAAGAAUGUGUAACAGAUCCAGGUUACUUACCGCAGGAUACAAGCGAAUACGAAGAUUCUAUGCAAAAGGUUCGCAAAUUGUUCUCUUGGUCUUGUCUCUGUCAUGUGUGGACGUGCUUACCUUUUAACUGCCAACAAAAGUCCUUCUUGUCCACGGAACUUGCAACAGCGUAUUUUACAUGAACAGCAUUUAACGAAGUCCUCUUUUGUUCAUUAAACAGCUAAGUCUUCUCCGGAUAAUUCAUUCGUACAGCCUUUUUUAUUCAGGCCGAAUAACUUCUGGAAAGAACUUUAGACGGCACUUGGCAUAAGUAAAUACUUUCCCUUUCUAGGUAGUUUCGUUAGCUAAUAGAUUUGGCUUCCAUGCUCGUCUGAUGCACUGGCGUAAAAACGCACAGCUGCCAUCGAAAUGAGAAUUUUGCCUUUGAGUAAAAACUUUAUGCUGACUAACCUAUUCACACUUGCGUGAUUUUAAGCUCAGCCAGCAUUUCAGGAAAGUAUCUUCGGCGGACGCGUUCGUUUUUAGCCCUCCAGGUGCCUGUUGUUCUUUUCUAGCUACCCUCUAAUAAAUUUAAUUUUCGGAGUUGGAACGUUUGCAUGCUUUCUAAAUUGCAUUUUCUAUUGACACAUUGUGCGUGUACUUAGGUUGGUGUGCAAAAUCCCCGGGUUUCCUGAUCCACUUCCCACUUUAUCUCUUCGGGCUUCUUUCGUAAAUCCUCCCUGUUUCGUCUCCAUUCGACUUUACUUUUCUUACAGCUCGUUCGACUUCACCAGGCCACUGGCGGCAUACGUGAUCAACUUCACAAACAAUACUGCUUGUGAAGUCUUGAAAAAAUAAAUAUUCUGGAGGAGUCGUGAAUUAGUCUAAAGUCCUGUAACUCAUAGUCCGGGUUCUUCCAACGCUUAUGUAAUAUGUAUGCUAGAAAACGAUUUCGCACAAAUGGCCCGAGGGCAAGACAUGGCUUAACCUAUUUUCAGGGUCAGCAACUAUGUUUGAAUAUAGUAGUCCUCUUCUUUAAAAUGCAAUGUGAGCCGUGUUAAAAAAAUCCACUAGGUUUUUUCAUAACUGGUUCACUGUCCAAGCAUAAUUCGAGUUUAUGUCCUUUCGUGAUACCCAUUUAAACAUUGAAGAAGUCACAUUUGACAGAGAUGUUUUUUCGAUUAUUUGGCUACAGGCCUGUACAGUGACAUAAGUUACGGUAAAGCAACGUAAGUCGACAAAUGGCCAGUGAACAGUAAUCAUGGGAGAGAGAGAGAGAGAGUUAGGGGAGUACAGGCAUGUCAGAACCAGUGGUAAUUAUAGUCUUGUUCCGUCAGAGGCGUGGGGAGGUGGAAGGAGAUAGGGCAGAGUCUGACAGUGAGCUGUGCUUAUGUCUUAUGUAGCGCGAUGUCCCAGUCUGCGCGAACGAACGUGUUGGACUCUGCUUCGGCCAGGGGAGCUUGAUGGCUUGUAAAAGCUCCUUCUGAGACUACAAGGUUGGGUUGGCUAAUCGUGUAACAACUGCCUCUGCCGACGCAAGUUUCCGCUUGACCAUGAACUUGGAAUUUCUCGUUAGUAUUUUAUAGAUGACUCGAAAUGCUUAAUAGGCAUCUACAAUGUGAGCCACAAAUGCGCAAAAGAUGGAGUUUUGCAUGCCUUGACUUAGAUAGGCAGUAUGCUUCUUGCAUCCGUUUGGAUAGGUGCCUAGUCGUACGUUCGUGUGCAUUAUUUGAACAUGUUGCGGCGAAAGCAUUUAUCGUCCAGACCAAGAAGUCCAACUAGGCAGUGUUUUUGAGAAUAAUAAUAAUUUCUUCUAGUCUGGACUAUGGGAACUUGAGCAUCUGGAAAGAUUUGUUUUACAAGACGGAUUCAGUUCGUCCUACGUUAAACCUAAAAAUGAUACAUGCUUACUAGACCUGCAGGCCACAUAAAACCAACUUUCGAAAUUAUUAAUUUUCUGUGCUUUGUAGUCUCUGCAGGAACCUUACUCAUGAUACCUCAAAUCAGCGAUAAAUAAGUGUCAAUUAUUUUCGGCAGUUGCAUAGACGUCAGAACUGCUGGCACGAAAUCGGAGAUCGUUGAAAUGGGAAGAAGUAAAGGAAUUGCGUAUUUAUAUUUUGUGUUUUGAUUCCUUCACUGGCCGACUACGACGAGGAAAAGGACAUUAAAUACAGAAAACGACAAGAUUUGCCGGAGAAAAUAGAUUUUCAGUCAACAAAAUGAGUCCAAGUUAGGCCAUAUACAAGCACAGUGAACAAAGUUAAGGCGGGAAUUGUGGUGACAGUGGUCGCCACUUAAAAAGUCGUCUGUGGUUGUAUUUCGCAGAGUGACAGCCCCCUCUGCGCUCUUCUCGGUUCCAUUUCACUGUUUACGGCCGAUGUGACACGUGAAAACACAGCCACGUGAGUUGUCUUUGAUUAACAAUCAGUCAGUGUUGCCACAAACAUCUUCACAUACUGUGGGGUUGGGUGUCAUCCCAUCCUCUUCCGACGAGGAUGGAAGUUCUUUUGCCUUCCAAAUGUCAAUGUAAUGCACUUUCAGUUCCGGGAAUCCGUUCUUCUCCUUGUCUUCAGGAAAGCGCAUCUUCGCUGUUAUCUGCAAUAGUUACUAUUCCUCUGGGGUACACACUACAUGAAGUGGUCUGCAAAGAAGGUUUUCCGAAAACGCGAAAAAGAACGCCCUUUUGGCCUUCAGAGCUGGAAUUUAUCCAAAUUAUCAGACUCGUUUCAAAUAGUCGAUCAUCGCUCCAGGGAGUGAAACUCGCACGGUCCACUUAGCAGCAAACUGGGGUGAAACGCUGGUAACUCACAUCAAAUUAUUCUACUUAGCUAAUUUUUUAGGCGGACGGUAACCGUUAGUGUAAAUUAAAACCCCGCAGCAAAGUUCCAGGCUAAUAAUUCCCACAUACCACGCUGCGUGGGAUUUCUGGGCCUAUUCAAUCCUAUAGCGCGAAGAUUAUAAUAAAAUUCGAUGCAUGUAGUUGGUCUUCCCGAAACUUGCUUCCCUGCGUAUAUCCCUUCCUUUUCUGGCCCCUGCUCAUACAAAAUCUGACGGCGCUGGCUACCUGACAUCUGUCGUAAAGAUCCUUUUAGAGAGCCGCGAACUUGCAUUAAUACCCUUCCCGUCGGUAGAAGACGCAGAAGGCCGACCACAAGUGUGUCCCCUCGAUCUGCGUGCGUUCAGGAAGCGGGCACGCACACUGAGGCAGAAAGCUCAACGACUCUGCCACACCUGCGGAUGUGUAAAGCCACUGCGAGCUAAGCAUUGCGGUCAGUGUAACCGCUGCGUGGAUGUCAUGGACCACCACUGUCCAGUGACGAACAAUUGUGUUGGAAAGAAUAAUCGGUAAAUCGCAUAUUGCCUUUUCUGCCAGUAAAACUAAUUGGAGGUUUUACGUCGAUUCUUACAGUGUCACAAUGAAGCUUAAACGUUGCUCACCGACGAACCAUACGAGAUUGUGUCUGGGCAGCGUUGAGAUUAGGUCACGGAAAUAGGAACCCUCGUAAUAAAGGUAGCCUAGCGCCAACUGUAUGUCUAUUUAUCAGGAUUUUUGAAUGUCAAAAAGUUUGUUAUUGAUUAAAACAGGCAAAUAUAUCGGUUUUUAUUUCGCACAGUCCAGCAUUUCCUAAGCCUAGAGACCUACUUGACCAUCAGCUAUCUGACAGGUUGCAUGUCCUUGUAUCCGGACAUCUAGUAUUCUUACGUUCUGCAAAAACUGAGGUCUUCUUGCAGAUAUCGUUCUCUGAUUGCUUUGCUGCAAGCAAGGUCAUCCGCACAAGUCCAAUCUUUUUAUUUCAAUAGUAGCAGACUUUUGUGCUUUUUAAAAGUUGCCUUAGAGUACCAUGAUCCUUCCCGAGAACAAACGGCUGGCCUCCAUCUUUCCUUCCUGUAUAAUGUCUAAACCUCUCGUAACUACCUCAAAAUCCGCCAGAACUUCACGAAAUACAGCUCUGCCUCGUGUACAGCAUACUCGGUCACGAAAUGCACGUCCAGUCUAUUGUCUGGUCCGUCCACAGGCACGAUAUUCCGAAUGACGUUUUUUGUUUUUGAUGUCCUGGCUAAGUUACUUGCCGUAUCUAGCAUCAGAAGAGUUGUCAGUGUAGUGCAGGCAAAUAACCAAAUAGCCAGAUAAGCAAUUCCAUCUUAAGCGAUUGUUUCUAGAAUUUUUCCUUGUAAAUAUUACAAACGUAAACCGAAGCAAUAUUCCUUAUCCCAAUAACUCCAAAUGAGCUUACGCUAUGUUCACACUAGCCUCUAAAGAGUGACCUCCCCAGGUGUCAAAACAACUCCUGUCCUACGUAUUACGAGCCCUGGAGGUUCAUGCACAAUUUAAUCUCGUGUUUAGGAACAGUUAAAUACAGGCUUCACGAAUGUUCCACAUAUUUUUGAGUGUCUAAUGUAUAUAAAGAUUCAACACAAGUAACGUCGGCGCAACUGGUCACUGCGCUGCAAUCACUACUGAUUAGUGCGCAUCCUAUAUUUUCUCCAGGAGUUUUUCCCGUUUUUGAAUAACGCGUGAUGUCACUGCUUAAAUUACAGUCAGGCUUAUACCUGGUGGUAGUCAAGGAGAACAAGAGAGCCCAACACCCCUCGUCUCCACUUAAUUGUUUUUACGAAAGCCGUCAUCCAGCAUUUUGUAAUUACGACUUAUGUUAUUAAUUAACCGUGUCCAAUUUACGUGUAUGUCGGUAAUUUACUGUCUACGAGAACAUUUUAUCUGCAUUUCUAGAGUGUGGUUCCUACUGACGGGCAUUUUCGUCCUGAUUAGCAGCUCAGUUACCGGCUAUCUUGCAUUUAUGGCCUGGUAUCGAUCGCCGAAAACCCGGUUUUGUGAUGUCUUUACCUGGGUCAUACUGUUUUCAGGCUGGACAUCCGCCUUGAAUGCUUCCGUAGGAACGGUAAGUUCAUCAGAAGCCGGUUUUCUAAUUUGGAUGUGAGCUAGCAGACGGUUAUACCUAGAAAAAAUGUCUACAUUUGCAUGCCUAAGUCACACGAACCUACUCUGGGGUCCUUUUCAUUCAAAGAUACUUUUUUGUAACACUGCCAGGACUCCAAAUUUUGUUGAAUUCAGUCAGACUAGGAAGCACGAGGUAAAUUGUCUGUUUAGCGACGGAGUGGCCAGUGAAUUUUGUGCCAUCUGUCAUUUUCACGCAUAACUGGACUCUCAUUUUAAAUGCGCAUCUCCGGCUCCUCUAUCCGUUCAGGUUUUAUUGCACCCUUCACGGCAAGACUGGGUCAAGGCGAUUGGAGGUGAGCUUGCGCGCAGGGAUUGGUUCCUAACGACAUAUGAACCAGCCUUUGAUGUGUGGAUUUCGGGCACCUAUUCGAAGAGAAUUGCCACGAAGGUCUCAUUUGGAAGAAGUUAUUGCGGCCUGCCUCUCAUCCCAGCGGACGAUCGACUUGCCUCUCCAGUUGACGUAUUUCCGAAUUUGGAUCUCUAGCGUUUUCUGAUAGCCUAAAAGACGUUGGAUUGAUCAGAAGAAGAAGAAGAAGAAGAAGAAGAAGAAGAAGAAGCGAUCGCUGGAACAAGGUCUUUAUUGGCCUGACGUUUCGGAUUCUCACUUGAAUCCAUCAUCAGAGACAGUAGCAGAAAAGGGUGACUCGUGCACAGGAAGCUGCAGUAUUUAUAGGAUACAGUCGCUAUGCUACCGCAUACCUAUAGCAAUUAACCGCGUUCCCCUUCAUGAAGGAUCGUUGCCCGCUGGUGCGCUAAUAGCUUGCUGGCCGGCAUGCAAGUUGUUAAUUACCGAAAUGUCAUUACCCGUGUUGGCUGCUGGCGUGAUGAUUGCUCGGCCAUCUGGCUCACCGGCUUGCGCGCGCCCCGAGUGGUCAAUUACCUUGGCUAGCCUAUGCCUCAGCACGCAUUAUGGAGUGGGCAUGUCGUUGCACUUGUUGAUUGCUUGAGGUCCCGUGAACCAUGACUCAAGCAACUCGCGGCUCACACGAUUAUCCCCUCUCGCGAGAAUUUCGGCCUAAUCGAACUUGAAUGUGUGGCCGGGUCUCGUCGAAUGGGCCGCGACCUGAGAGUUGACGUCAUUCCUCCGUACCGCUGCCGCGUGUUCGGCAAUUCGCGUUCGGAGCAGUCUUCCAGUUUCUCCGACGUAGUUGCUUUGUCCGUUGAAUUGUUUUUAGAGAGGAAACUGUGCGCUGGAUCCGGGGAGGAGGACUCGAUUUCACCUCAUCUUUUUUCUCCAAAAAACAACAGUUAUUCUAGGUGAAGCCGGUUAGGAAUGUGAGUGGGCAUCGGGACUAACGUGACAGCAAGGUUACCUCUCUAAGGAAACUGCGCACUUGCCGAUUCCUACGCCCGAACCAGAACUCAUUUACUGUGGGUUGCUGACGCAAAAUAUCACCCCGAUGACAGCAUCAUAGAAACAGCCGAUAAGCGCUGUGUAAACGAGGAAGUGCAUGAUGCUUUUUCAUUUACGCAUAUUUCAAAAGAAAAGAUAUGCCCACCUGAUUUUGAAAUCAACUGCCAACACCUCACGGGAAACAGUCUGUUAUACGCUAUCUGAUAGCUUUAUGUCGUCGUGAGGUGUCUGGAGAUUUUGCGUGCAAUUUCCCUCUAACCUGGUUUGGGUGUUUAGUACGAGGAAGCUCUGCAUGACCUUCGGACUAAAUACCCAUAGGGUUUUUUGUGUAUUAUCAAUUGCCUAACCUAAUAAAUCAUACAGUAGGUGUGCUAACUCAUGAAAUGUUAACCGAAAUUCUGAAAUGCGUCUUCGUCUCGAAAAGAUUACUUAAGAUUGGUUUUAAAAGUAAUCAUCAUGCAGCAUGAUCCCAUAAGAAUUCAGAUACCUCUGAAUGCCGGCUUUCGAACGAACGUCCUUCCGGUCACAUGCAAAAACCACGCCCUGUAGAAAAUGACUGCUUAAGUAGCAUGCAUUUUUCUCACUGAUUUUCGAUGUCCUUAAAAAUUCAAUUAUAUUUCGUAGAGAAAAUGCUUAAAAUAUUCAUUCUUUUACCUAUUCGGUAGAAAAUUACGUCUUUUUCAAUUUUUAAACUUAAAGAAAGGGUGAAAUUCGGUUUUCAAAAUCCUUUCCUAAUCCCGAAUAAUUUUGAACUCGAUCUGCCACUAAACUUGCAUUCAGGGUUUCCAAACUACAAACCAUAUACUUUCUGCCUACGGAAAACCAUACAUUUCUCUACGGUAAUAAGAGGAAGCUAUAUGAAGUUCAUAAAAUUAAGCAGUGGAUUUGAGCCAUAUUUUAAACUUUACAAGCAGCACUAGUAAAUGCGACGGCACUUAGUUUUAUGAACAGGCCUUUUACGGUAUAGAAAAAUCUCAUAACUGGAAACUUUUUGAAACCAAAUUAUACCUUUCCUUCAAGUGAAAAAAAUUGAAGAAAACGUAAUUUUCUACAGAAUGGGCAAAAAAUUAAUAGUUUUUAGCAUUUUUUCCGUGAGAUAUAAUUGAAUUUUUACGGACAUUGAAAAUUAUUGAGAAAAGUUCACGCUACUUAAGUGGUCAUUUUUACAGAGCGUCAUUUCUGCAUGCAGCCGAAAGAUAUUUGUUCGAAAGCCGGCAUCCCAAGGUAUCUGAAGCAUUAUAAUUAUUCCGCAUGAUGAUAACUUUUAAAACACUACUUAAUUAUUCUUUUCAAGACGGAGACGCAUUUCAGAAUUUCGGUUAACAUUUCGUGAUUUAGCACACCUACUGUAUGCAGUCACUUGAAAUCAUGGCUUUCACUGGGAAGAUUUUACUUAUUAUUUGCCAUCUAUCAUCAACUAGCUAACUAGGCUAUCUUUGUCAUAGUAAAUUAUUUUCAUUUGUUUGAAAAAAAAGUACGAUUCAGGAAUCUAAUGCCAUCUCGGACAAAACCCCCUCGGAAUAAACACCCAAAAGAGGGUAAUUCAAGAUGCCCAGCCCUCUCAGUGCAAACACUCGAGGCACGUAGGUAGAAAUGGCUGACGAAAUAGGCUUGCCUUCUUUUCAAACGCCCGUCUUCUGCGCUUUUCUGGAAUUCAUUAUCAUAGACGUUCAUUAAUCUUACCGAAGGUGUUGAACACUUCGACACUAGAUGCUACAAAUGCACAAGGUUAGGUUUCACCUCCUUGCCACGGCUUCCCGACAGAUGACAAAAAGGUCAGUUGCCAGUUUGCUGAACUCUUAGGAUUUUCAUUUUGAGUACCUCAAAUUCUCGUCGAAUGUAAGUGUCUUUUUACUUUUCCUCCUCUUUUUCCUGCGCUCUUCAUUUCAGCUAACCCGAGCCCUCUUCAACGUGACGACGAACGAGCUUGUCAACUGGCCUAGGUAUGCUCAUUUUCGUGGAGAACGAAAUGGCUUUCAUAACCCGUUUGACAAAGGCUUUGGUCACAAUCUCACGGAAUUUUUCAGACCCAGCUCCAGAACCCUGGGGGAGAUGUCUACGACCAGUGGAUGCACCAAACGGGAAACCAGUUACCCAUUUGUUGUGUGAUCCACCACUUUCAUACUGGCAGUCUGCUCACGUUUGGCUCAUGA